UUUACUAUUUAGCUUUCGCUUGCAUUUUUUACUAUUGCACCACUAUUCAUUGGGUUUGGCUUGAACUGUUAUUUUCCUUGACGAAAGGAUCUGCUGUGGCAAAAUGGCUGGAAAUAUUAUUAGACUAAAACCUCUAGAGUUUGCUCACAUAUUAAACUUGAACACAAACAUCACAUAUCUGGAAACUGGCCCAAAAAGUUUAAUAUUACAAGAAAACCAAAUUGUUGUUUAUGGUCCUUCACCAUUUAUUGUUAUACCUCCUGGUCACUACUGUAAAAUCAUAAGUCCAGCUAAAUUGCCUGUACCAUAUGAACAACAAGCAGAGUUAAAAUUUGGGCAGGAGGAAGUUAGGUUUCAUCAGGAACCCUUUCCAUUGUAUCCAGGAGAAGAAUUAGCUCAUUCUUUCCGAUCUAACUACAAGAUGGCUAUUAUUAAGCUACCAGUUGUACCAUCAUGCAAGGCACUAAAACUUCAAGCCUUGGUUUCAUUUGAUGACAAUGGAGUGGAAAGAGUAGCUGGAGAAGAGUGGCAAAUUGAGGGGCCAAGGACUUAUUAUCCAAGACCAGAGUGUAAAAAUCUUGGCAUUGUAGAACCUUGUGUAAUAUUACUUGGAACUGCAUUGCGAUUGAAAGCUAAACAAGAUUUGGUUGAUAAAAAUGGAAAAGAAAGAAUGACAGGAGAAGAAUGGUUGCAAAGAAAACCAGGCUCCUACUUACCUGGUGCUUACGAAGAAGUCCUUGAAAUAGUAAAAGGAAUAACUCUUACUAUGCAUGAAGCACUACAUAUGACAGCUCAAAGAAAAUUAAUAGAUGGUCUUGGUAAAACAAGAGUUUGUGGUGAAGACUGGCUUGUAACAUCUGAAGAUUCACAGUUAUAUAUACCAGAAGUUGGGGAGGUUAUUGUUGAGCAGAAAUCACGAACUGUUUUAAAAAGAGAUCAAUAUGCUGUUGUGUUGAAUCCUGUUGACAAGUCUGGUAAACAACAGUUAGGAAAGAGGGAAUUACGUAAAGGACAAACAUCAUUUUUCUUAAAACCAGGUGAACAGUUAGAAAAUGGUAUUCAAAAUGCUUACCUGCUUGAAGAUAAUGAGGCGCUCAUAUUAUCAGCUGCUUAUGCAUUCACAGAUACUACAGGAGAAGAACCAGUUGAGAGAAGUCCAGGGGACGUUUGGAUGAUCACAGGUCCACAAGUUUACAUUCCAUCAGUUGAAGUUGUCGUUAAGGUGAAAAGAACUCCGUUGGCUUUGGGGAAAAAUGAAGGAAUAUAUGUUCAAAAUACAAAGACAGGGAAAGUGCGUACAAUAUUGGGUCCUACAGCUUAUCUUUUAACGGAGAACGAAACCUACUGGCCGAAACCUUUGUCUCCAAUUGUUGAAAAGAUGCUAGCUCAUGGUGGAUGUUGGGGCGAAGGAGAUAUUCGUAAACUGGCAUACUUUGAAUCAUCUGUAGACCAGUGUUACGCGACCGGCAAGAGAGAUCCAAUUAGAAUCAUUUCGUACAGAGUCCCUCCAAAUGCAGCUGUUCAGGUUUACGAUCAUCAACAACAAUCAGCUCGUGUUGUCUUUGGACCAAAUUUGGUCAUUUUAGAGCCAGCUGAAGAGUUCAAUGUUUUAAGCUUGAGUGCUGGAAAACCGAAAAAACAAAAUGCUCUCAUGUCAUUGGCCAUUAUGUUGGGCCCAGAUUACAUCACCGAUAUUAUAGAGGUGGAGACACUAGAUCAUGCUCGAUUGAGUAUCAAAUACGCAGCCAACAAUAAAUUUGAAUGCAUCCCAGGGGAUAAAGAAUCCGAAAAGAAAUUGUUUUCAGUUCCUGAUUAUGUCGGUUUUGCAACUAAAAAUAUCGCUAGUCGAAUCCGUGGUUGUGUCGCCCGUACAAGUUUCGAUGAGUUUCAUCGUUACUCUACUAAGAUAGUGAAAGAAGCUGUUUUUGGUGUUGAUGAGAAAGGUUGUACUCGCAAUGCAUUAACAUUUACAGAAAACAAUAUGACUGUAACCAACAUCGAUGUGCAAAGCAUUGAACCUGUGGAUUCUCACAUGAGAGACAGUUUACUAAAAUCAGUUCAACUGGCUAUUGAGAUUUCAACUCAGUCUAUUGAGCUAGCAGCAUCUCACGAAGCCGCUAAGAACGAACAAACUGCUAGAGGCAAAUUGGAAAAGAAUAAGUUAGACAACGAGAAGGCCGCUGAAGAUGCUCGCCGUCACUUGUAUGAAUUAAGAGCCAUCACUGCAGCUGUGGAAUCAUCUGGUCAUGCAAAAGCUGAAGCUGAGGCUCAAGCGGAAAAGUCGUUGAUCGAAGGAAGAAGUGCUAUUGAAGCUGCUACUUUAAAAACAAAAGCGGAAGAAAUCGAAGAAAAUGCGAAGUUAGAGAGUCUGCAAAAGCAUCGGGCGUCAGAAAUCUCUUACAUGAAAAAAAUGAAUGAACUCGACAUUCACAAAGCGAAAGAGUUAGCUCGUAUCUCCGCUACAAAAUCCCAUGAUUUAGUUUCAUCGAUAGGAAGCGAGACAAUAAAACAGAUCGCAGAUGCAGGACCCAUCGCACAGAUGGAGAUGUUGAAAGCCAUUGGUCUGCGUAGCACUAUAAUUACUGACGGUUCCACUCCAUUAAAUUUGUACCAAGGUGGAAAUGGGUUGAUCCAUCAAAUGUAAUCGAUAAAUGCAAAUGUUUUGUUGUUGUUACGUUCAAGAACUUUAAAAGCCACUUUGCACCAAAUUACCUUUAUUUAUUAAUUUCCUUAUAACUUUUGCACAUCUUUUUCGUGAAAGAAGUUUUCAGUUAUAAUCAAAAUGCUUUGUUAAUAAUGACAAGCAAUCUGUCGGAAUUUUCAUUUCCAUAAAAUGCUGUGUAGGGUGUCGUUUGCGAUGAGAAGAAAUUUAAAUCACUUCUUUGCCAUUUCAACUAAGGAUUCUUAAUUUGUGUUUUUAUCAUCGCAUCUUCAUAAAUUUGAUAAAUUAGUAUAUACCUUAAAUGCAAUUUUUGCAUUGUUUUUCUACUGUCUGUCCUUUUAUAAUUUAAAUGUUCAUUUGUAAUGUGAAAAGAUGCUAAAAAAUUU